AUGUACGCUUUGACCAAGAUCAGAGGUGUCGGUAGAAGAUACUCUAACUUGGUUUGCAAGAAGGCUGAUGUCGACUUGAACAAGCGUGCCGGUGAAUUGACCCAAGAAGAGUUGGAGAGAGUUGUCACCAUCAUGCAAAACCCAACCCAAUACAAGAUCCCAGCCUGGUUCUUGAACAGACAAAAGGACCACGUUGACGGUAAGGACUACCACGUUUUGGCCAACAACUUGGAAUCCAAGUUGAGAGAUGACUUGGAGAGAUUGAAGAAGAUCAGAGCUCACAGAGGUAUCAGACACUUCUGGGGUCUUAAGGUCAGAGGUCAACACACCAAGACCACCUCCCGUGGUCGUUAA